UGCCCGACUCUAAAACAUUUCCGGGUUCAAGAUGGUCGCCCAAGCUAUUUAGUGAGACUUCCUCCAUCCUUCUCCAUUCCACUCCGGUUUUUUAACCUGGAUGUGACGUCCUAAAGGACCCGACGGAAAUAGAACGGAAGGCGGUCUAAAAUGGCGAACCGUACUGUGAAAGAUGCGCACAGCAUCCACGGCACCAACCCUCAGUAUCUGGUGGAGAAGAUCAUUCGGACGCGCAUUUAUGAGUCCAAAUACUGGAAAGAGGAGUGCUUUGGCCUUACAGCUGAACUUGUAGUCGAUAAAGCCAUGGAGUUAAGAUUUGUGGGUGGUGUCUAUGGUGGCAACAUAAAGCCAACUCCCUUUCUGUGUUUGACCUUGAAGAUGCUUCAGAUUCAACCGGAGAAGGAUAUCAUUGUAGAGUUUAUCAAAAAUGAAGAUUUCAAGUAUGUCCGCAUGUUGGGAGCACUUUACAUGAGGUUGACAGGCACUGCAAUUGAUUGCUACAAGUACUUGGAGCCUCUAUACAACGACUACAGAAAAAUCAAGAGCCAGAACCGAAAUGGAGAGUUUGAACUGAUGCAUGUGGAUGAAUUCAUUGAUGAACUACUGCACAGUGAGAGAGUCUGUGAUAUCAUUCUGCCCCGGCUACAGAAACGCUAUGUGCUAGAGGAAGCUGAGCAAUUGGAGCCUCGGGUUAGCGCUCUAGAAGAGGACAUGGAUGACGUGGAGUCCAGCGAAGAGGAGGAAGAAGAGGAUGAGAAGUUGGAAAGAGUGCCGUCACCUGAUCACCGCCGGAGAAGCUACCGAGACUUGGACAAGCCCCGGCGCUCUCCCACACUACGCUAUCGGAGGAGUAGGAGUCGGUCUCCCAGAAGGCGGAGUCGGUCUCCCAAAAGAAGGAGCCCCUCCCCUCGCCGAGAAAGGCAUCGGAGCAAGAGUCCAAGACGUCAUCGCAGCAGGUCCCGAGAUAGACGGCAUAGAUCCCGCUCCAAGUCCCCAGGUCAUCACCGUAGUCACAGACACAGGAGCCACUCAAAGUCUCCUGAAAGAUCUAAGAAAAGCCACAAGAAGAGCCGGAGAGGGAAUGAGUAAUGGACUCAGUUUGGUUUUAGUCCACGUCACGUGGCCUUCUGUGGAGAUAAAGGCAUCUGUCUAUGUGGAAGAAUGAAGAUCUACUCCCCAGGCAGCUAUGAAAAUAUUCUGGAUUUUUUUUUUUUAACCAAAAGUUUUUUCACUUUUUCUUUUUUAAAUGAAAGAGGUGCUGAGUUUUGUAUCUUGUUUUGAAUCAUAAUCUGCAUUUUUGAGAGAUAAUGCUUCCUAAGGGCUGCUUUUGACCUUUGUACAACCAACCUUGUUUAUACUCAAAUUUAUGAGUGUAGAAUGGAUUGGAACAGAAGGUAUGAAACAAGGGGAGGAUGUGGCCACCUGGUGACCCUCUUGUUAUUAAAUUUGACACACCCA